AUGGCAACGGCAUCGGCUAUGCUCUCUGUUCCGGCUGUAGCCAUUGCGGGCCCGGCACAUUCGUCCCGGAGAAGCACUGAGGUGAAGUAUAUCAAUGGAUUGAACUCAUUUGGAGGGCUUAAAGCCCAUAACAGUGUAGCAGCAUUAGGCCUUCCAGUUUGUACUGAACAGUCCUUUGCCAAGGUUGUUAGUUCAAUGAAAACACAGAAAUUACGCGAAGGAAAAAGUGGCGGGGCUCUGUCUUCUACAUGCAAUGCAGUAGCUGAGAUUUUUAGGAUAGCUGCAAUUAUUCCUGGAUUAGUUCUUGUUGGAGUUGCAGUUGGGUUUGCUCUACUCAGAAUUGAAGCUACUGUUGAGGAAUCUGAAUGA